GACUCGAGCGCACAGUGAAGCACUCUGGCUCAGCGCUUCUCGAGGGGAGGACAUAAAGCCACCUACGACUCAACAAUACAAAACCUACACCCUCCUUUUUUUCUCCACCUCCUUCUUCUGCGGACUUAAGCUGCACACAAACUUUUAAAGGCAACUUCUCCUCAACCAAAACCAGUCGUGGCACAAACUAACGCUUCCGCACGUCGCGUUCAAGGAUCCUGGUCGUUCCUCCAUGAAAGAGGGAGUGCAGCAAACUUGGGGAAAAGAGAUGUCUGCGGCCGUCUUGUCUGCGUUCUACGACAUGGACAUGCUUUACAAGCAAGAUAAAAGCAUGAACAUGAACGCCCUCCACAUCAACAGCAUGCUGGACAAGAAAGCGGUCGGGGCUCCGGUCACGACUCCGGGCUCCGGUGGCCCCUUCACACCGGGAUUUUUCCGCAGAAACUCAACCAGCAACUUGGAGGCAAUGAACAACGGCAACAAAUACUCGAUGGGCUCCUACGGGAGCCUGAAGGAGAACACGCCGAGCAGCAACAUCAGCGCCACGGCCCUCAUGAACAAGGAGAACAAGUUCCGCGACCGCGCUUACAGCGACAACGGAGACCGGGGCGUGCUGCAGCAGAAGCCCGGCUCUCAGAUCAACUCCACCCGCUACAAGACCGAGCUCUGCCGGCCCUUCGAGGAGAACGGGUCGUGCAAGUACGGGGAGAAGUGUCAGUUCGCUCACGGCUACCACGAGUUGAGGAGCUUGUCCCGCCACCCUAAGUACAAAACUGAGCCGUGCCGCACCUUCCACACUAUCGGUUUCUGUCCGUACGGUCCCCGGUGUCACUUCAUCCACAACGCCGACGAGCGCCGGCCGUCUCCGCCCGCCAACGCUAACAUGCAGGCGGGGGAGUCCAGGUCUGCUCGCGAGCUGUGCGGCUACGGCCAGAGGGACAUCCUGCCGCAGCUCGGCUACACCCAGAGGGACAGACCAAAGCUUCACCACAGCCUAAGCUUCUCCGGCUUCUCCACCCACCACGGGCUCGAGUCUCCCCUGCUCGACAGCCCCAUGUCGCGGACCCCACCGCCGCCCACCACCGCCUCCUCCUCCUGCACCUCCACCUCGAGCUUCUACGACGACGUGCUUUCUCCCAACUCCGUGUCCUGCAUCAACAGUGCCUUUUCCUUUCCCGGACAGGACUUAAAAGCCUUACUGGCCCCCCUGGCUGUGCACACCCCGAGCGGUUACGCCAACAACCACUCCACCGGUGCCUACUACGGGAACAUGCAGAGCAGCGCGUGCCCGCCCUCUCCUCCGACAUACAACAUGAGCCACUUGCAGGCGCUGCGCCGCCUCAGCGAGUCUUCGGUGUUCGAGCCUCCUCCCAGCCCGCCGGACUCGCUCUCCGACCGGGAGAGUUAUGCGAGCGGGUCCCUCAGCUCUUCCGGGAGCCUCAGCGGCUCUGAGUCCCCGAGUCUGGACGCUGGAAAGCGUUUGCCAAUCUUCAGCAGGCUGUCGAUUUCAGAUGACUAAUCGUGUUUUCUUCACUUUUUUUGUUUUCAUAUGGAUUUAUGGACUGGUCCGGCAGGGUGGUUUGAGGAGCCAUGGGUUGUCAGUGAGUGAGGUAGACUGUCCUUCAAGCAGAGGAUCCCGGUCAAGACCCCUUUUGCCCCCGUGCCCUCCACCCCCCAUUUCAGCAGAAACCACCCUGCAGAAGUGCCUUUUUGAGUAAGACAUUGAGUCCCUACAGCUCCUGGGGUGCUGACCCUGCUCUGACCUCCCUGGAGGGGGGGCAAGAGUAGAGGAUUCCCCCCCACAGGGAUCAGUAAAGCUUCAGACAUUUAAGUGUCCUUGACCUGGCAUUAGUUUAGUAUUUCUUUUUCCUCCAUGUAUGUAAUAUAGCUGUAUUAAAACUUAGAUAGCAAACAGAAGGCAUUCCAUCAGUGCCUUGCCCUAGGGCUU